CAGCAAUCAAAAAAGCCUUCAAAUCUCAGUCAUUUCUGUCUAUAAAACUGAGCUGACUAGGAAGAACAGAAAGCACCAACCACUUGCUAGAAACUCACAAUAACACUUCACUAGAAAAUCAUGGCAAAACCUCAUGUUGUAGUCAUACCAUAUCCCGCACAAGGCCAUGUAAUCCCCAUAAUGGAGCUUGCUCAACGCUUAGUCAAGCAAGGUAUCAAAGUUACAUUUGUGAACACAGAUGUCACUCACAAGCUUGUGACAAGCAAUUCGUUUGACAAGAAUGGGUUUGGGGGUUUAAUGCAGAUGGUUUCCAUCCCUGAUGGGUUAGAACCAUGGGAGGACAGGACUGACCUUUGUAAGUUGAGCAAAUCCAUAUUAAGAACCAUGCCUCACAAGCUGGAGGAGCUUAUAGAGACGAUUAAUGAAGACACCAGCAGUAAAGUCACAUGUAUUAUUGCUGAUGGUUUCAUGGGAUGGGCAAUACGAGUCGCAAAAAAGAUGGGAAUUAGUAGAGCAGCCUUCUGGCCAGCCUCGGUUUGUACACUGGCCUCCGUGAUCAGCUAUCAGAAAUUGAUCGAUGAUGGAAUCAUUAACGCAUGCCUCUAA